CGCCGCUCCGCGCUCGGGUCGCAAGGCGGGCGGGCCGGCGGGCGGGCGCUCGGCGAGAGGCUCCGGCGCCUGCGGCUGCUGCUCUCCUCCGGCGCCCGGGGCUGCGGCGCGCUGGGUCCCGGCCCCUGGCCCGGCGCCCCUCGGGCCCUCGCGCCCGGGUCCCCAGUCCCGCGCCCUGCCCGGGAGAACGCUCUGGUCUGGCCGGGCCGUCCCGGGCUCGCGCCCCCGGGCCAUGAAGAGGGGCCCGUGAGGGGCGCGCGGAGGCGGUGGAAGAGGAGGGAGGAGGGAGGCCGAGGAGGAGGGCGCGGAAGGCGGAGGAUGCCGCCGCCGAUGUCGCCGCCGCCACCCGCCGGCCCCCGGCGAGCCUGACUCCAGACCCGAGGAUGGAGCCGGCGCUGGGCGCUACAGCGGCUCCCGGUGCGCCCCUCACCAGGUAGCCGCUCUCCUCUCUGGUGUGGUUGGAAGAAGAGCCUCCCGCCCCAGCUGUCCCUUCCGAGUGGGCCUCGGUGUCUGGGCUAUCUAGACGGAGCUGCCAUUUCCACCUGGAGGUCUGGGUCUGUUGCUCACAGGGCCUCUGCAUAGGCUGGGACUGCCGGCUAGGCCAGGAGACCUGGCAGCUGCGGACUCCCCAGCUCGGAGCAGCCCCUCUUUGACCUCGCAUGGUGGAGAAGCAGCCCCAUGAAGGUGCCCAGCCAUGCAAUGUUCCUGGAAGGCCGUCCUCCUCCUUGCCCUGGCCUCCAUCGCCAUACAGUACACCGCCAUCCGCACCUUCACCGCCAAGUCCUUUCACACCUGCCCGGGGCUGGCGGAGGCGGGGCUGGCCGAGCGGCUUUGCGAGGAGGGCCCCACCUUUGCCUACAACGCCUCCCGCAAGACCCACAUCCUCAUCCUGGCCACCACGCGCAGCGGCUCCUCCUUCGUGGGCCAGCUCUUCAACCAGCACCUGGACGUCUUCUACCUGUUCGAGCCCCUCUACCACGUCCAGAACACGCUCAUCCCCCGCUUUACCCAGGGCAAGAGCCCCGCGGACCGGCGGGUCAUGCUGGGCGCCAGCCGUGACCUCCUGAGGAGCCUCUAUGACUGUGACCUCUACUUCCUGGAGAACUACAUCAAGCCGCCGCCCGUCAACCACACCACCGACAGGAUCUUCCGCCGCGGGGCCAGCAGGGUGCUGUGCUCCCGGCCCGUGUGCGACCCCCCGGGCUCCCCCGAACUGGUGCUGGAGGAGGGGGACUGCGUGCGCAAGUGUGGUCUGUUGAAUUUGACGGUGGCCGCCGAGGCCUGUCGCGAGCGCAGCCACGUGGCCAUCAAGACGGUGCGGGUGCCUGAGGUUAACGACCUGCGGGCCCUGGUUGAAGACCCCCGGUUAAACCUCAAGGUCAUCCAGCUGGUCCGAGACCCGCGUGGCAUCCUGGCCUCCCGCAGCGAGACGUUCCGCGACACGUACCGCCUCUGGCGGCUCUGGUACGGCACUGGGAGGAAGCCCUACAACCUGGAUGUGACGCAGCUGACCACGGUGUGCGAGGACUUCUCCAACUCCGUGUCCACCGGCCUCAUGCGGCCCCCGUGGCUCAAGGGCAAGUACAUGUUGGUGCGUUACGAGGACCUGGCCAGGAACCCCAUGAAGAAGACCGAGGAGAUCUACGGUUUCCUGGGGAUCCCCCUGGACAGCCAUGUGGCCCGCUGGAUCCAGAACAACACGCGGGGUGACCCCACCUUGGGCAAGCACAAAUACGGCACCGUGCGAAACUCGGCGGCCACGGCCGAGAAGUGGCGCUUCCGCCUCUCCUACGACAUUGUGGCCUUCGCCCAGAACGCUUGCCAGCGGGUGCUGGCGCAGCUGGGCUACAAGAUGGCCACGUCGGAGGAGGAGCUCAAGAACCCCUCCAUCAGUCUGGUGGAGGAGCGGGACUUCCGCCCUUUCUUGUGACGAGGGCUCCGUGGGUGGGGGUGAGGGGCACAUGGUGUCGGUUUUGAUAAAAUGGACCCUUUUUAACUGUUGCCUUAUUUCCCCCUCUCUCUCCCGCCCGGUCUUUGUGUCCUUCCUGCCUCCCCCUCCCCACCCCCAACAGGCCCCGUCCCCCCUCCACUUUCUUCUGCCUCUUUUUGUCUCUGAAAUUUGCACUAUGUCUUGGACAGGAAUCACUGGGGCGGAGGGGGCAUGAAGCGGGGUAGAGCCCCCAGCUCACCCCAUUCAGACACACGGCUUUUGGGUCUCUGCGUGGAUGGUGACAAUGUUUACAAGCACCACACUCACACAUUCACAUACACACACAUGCACACACACGGGCGCCCACGAGGAGAGAUACCCCCAAACCAUGGAACUUCGGCAGCAUUUCCAGUGGCCCAGUGGUCAGGGUAUGGUAGUUUUGCACUGUCUUACUUCCACAAGGUAAGAGGUUAAAAACAAAAAGGUCACCUCUAAUUUAUGAAUGGUGUCUAAUCCCCCCCCAUCCUGCUUCCUGCCCCCCUUGGAGCAGAGAAUCUGCCCCCCACUCCCCCUCCCCAACGCCCACCCCGGCCUGCCCUUGCCUGCCGGUGAGCAGGUUUUUACUGUGAGGUGAAUGUGGACCUUGUUUAUUUUUUCCAGUCUGUGGCAAUGCUGUCUGUCUGCCUGUCUGAGUCUUGUGGCUGCCCCUGGACCAGUGAUGGCUGAUAAAUCUUAAGGGUUUCUGAUUGAUCUUGGGGUCCAUCUGUGAUAUUUCUUUGUGCCAAAAAGAAAAAGAGUGGAUCAGUUUGCUAAAUGAACAUUGAAAUGCUUUAUCUGUGUUUUCUGUAAAUAAAAGAGUGCAAUAAUA